UCAUAAACAGACAGACAGACAGACACUCACACGUGAUUGUUGAUAUUAAGAAUUUGAUGUUUGACACUUGUAUAGAAAUCGGAUCGAAUUUGAUGAUCAUCGUUUUUAUUUUUUCAAAUCAUCAAUCAUGGAAAUUGAUAGCGAAGAAGAACGUCGACUUCAAUCAAAACUGAAUGAAUGUGCGACCACUUUUAUGGACAAGAAAAAUGUUUUGGAUGCAAGAGAUAAAUUAUUACGCUUACGAAAAGAUCGUCAAACCGAUUUAUCAAAAGCAGUGGCCGUCGUUGGGACAUGUCCUGACAUGUGUCCCGAAUUGGAACGAUAUUUUCGUAUCGAAACAAAUCAAGUAUCACCUUUUGAAAUGGAUUCAAUGGCCAAUCCUAAUGGCCGACCAGACGAAAUUCGUAUGGUGAAAGAAUAUCGACGUUCUGGAGCUGAUCAAGAAGAACCUUUGGCUCAUGAAUUAAGACCUAUUCAUGUGUUGGAAUAUACAAUGAAUUAUUUGUGUUUAGAAAUUGUUGAUCGAUAUGAAAUCGAUGGAAACAUGGCCGAAUGGUUUGAUUUUAUCUGGAGUCGUACUCGUUCGAUACGUAAAGACAUUACGCAACAACAUCUAAUCGAUCUUAAAUCUGUAACACUGACUGAACAAUGUGCACGAUUUCAUAUAUUCUGUGCCUAUUAUCUUUGUGAACAAGAAAUGAAAGAUUUUGAUCCGAAAAUCAAUGAAGAAAAUCUCAAUAAUUGUUUACAGACAUUGAAAGAUUUCUAUAAUGAUCUAAGUAUUCGUGGAAUAUAUUGUGAUAAUGAAGCUGAAUUUCGUGCCUAUGAUAUUCUAUUGAAUCUUGGUAAUGGUGAAACAUUGAGUGAAUUGAAACAUUUUCAUGUAUCCAUAAAACAAUCAGCAGACGUACAAUUGGCGAUCAAACUAUAUCAAUCAUAUGAUAGUAGGAAUCAUGUAAAAUUCUUUCGUUUUGUUCGUCAAGCAGAUUUUUUCAAAUCAUGUAUAUUGAAUCGUUAUCUGAAUAGAUUUCGUAUCAAAACAUUGAAUAUUCAACGUAAAGCAUAUACAAUACCAAAAUCAUCGAAUGCAAUAGCCUAUCCAGUGGCUAAUUUAAUCGAUCUUUUAGCUUUUGAUGAUUUUAAAGAAUUAUCUCAUUUCUGUAAUCGUGUUGGCCUCCAAUAUGAUAAUGAUAAUAUUUAUUUCCGAAAAAAUCAUCUGAUCGAUAUCGACAAUGGUAACCUCAUAACUCGUUCACAGAAUUUGGUUAUGAACAAAUUAUAUACAACGCCUGGACGAGCCAUACUUGGUAAUGAUUCAAUUGAAUCAAUUCAAAUUAUACCAGUUCAUUCUAGUUUUGAUUCAAAUGAUAAACUAAUCUAUGAUAAGAAUAAUUUGAUUUCAAGCUCCGUAACCAUUCAUCAACCGAUUCGUAAAAUUAAUGAACCACCACCGCCAUUCAAUACUGCGACAAUUCAAAACACCCCAACAACGGGAAUGGCGUUUAAUUUUAAAAAUCAAAUCGAUAAACUUGCCAUCAAAGAUAAUGACAAUGUUCUCAAAACGACGGAUGCGACUCUGUUUCAAUUUCCUCAGAUUCAAAAAUUUGAUUCAAAUUUUUCAUUUAAAGUCAACACAAUAGCAUCAACACAACAAUGGCCUAUCGAUAAACCUGAUGACGAUAAAGUUAUUGAUCGUAGCAAAAUAAUCGAUCAAAUCAAAUGGCCAAUAUUCGAUUCAUUUUUGAAACGUAUUAUCCGAUCGCACACAAAACGAAUCUAUUAUCGAACAUUAUGGGUUCAAGAAUCCGAAAAAAUAUACCAUCAAUUAAUGGUAGAAAAAAUAUUCGAUACGGUGGCCGAAACAAUGGUGAAACAGAAACGUCUCAAAGAUAUUGUGAUUCAAAUCUCAAUGGAUACAUUGAAUAGCCUGAUGACAACGAUAAUCAGAUCAACCUGUGAACAAAUCUAUUCCGAUCAUGUUAUCAAGAUAAAUUCAUUACGUCAAAAUAUUUCAUUAUUGGCCAAAAAUUUGUGUGAUAAUAUGUUGUCCGUAAUAGCACGAUCGGUAAUCGAAUCGGUCAUCGCGGAUGAACGUCAUCGACAAGAUGAACGAAUCAAAGAAUGGCGUCUUCAUUUUAUUCAACAAAAAUAUCUGAAUAAAUGGUUCCAUUAUUAUCGACAACGGAAACGAUAUAAUUUUUAUCGAGAUACAUUUCCUGCCGCACCGAUCAAGAUUGCACGAAUUAAGGUGCCUAUGUGUGAUGAUAAACCGGAUGACAAUCUUUUACUAAACAACAUUACAUUGAUCGAUGAUAAUUAUAUCAAAGUAAAUGAUUCAUUUAAACGAAAACUUGCCUAUUCGAUGCCCAUUGAUCAGCAACAAGGUGUAAUGAACAAACGAUUAUCAUCAAGAAAUGGAAUAAUGCAAAAUGACGAUCAUCGCUUACUAGGUAAAUAUUUUCGACGUUGGCUUAGUGAAACUAGACGUGUGAAGAAAAAACGUAUUCGUCAACAAUUUCCAUCAGCUCCAAUGAUGAUGCAUUUGUCAUCGAACCAACAUCAUCAACGACAGUAUGAUGAUCAACCAUUAUCGAUUGGACCGAAUGAUUUAAGCAUAAUAGAUGCAUCCAUAUUGAAUGCCGAUAAAUCAUUACAUCAAAAUCUAUUACGAAAAUUAAAUUAUGACUUUGAUUCUACAGUGACAAUGAUACGGAAAACAUUAUCGGAACGUCGACAACAAAGGCAACAACAACAACAACAACAACAACAGCUUUCGAAAACGAUGAAUAAUGUUUUAUCAAACCUGUAAAAUUAAUCGAAAUAAAGUAUACGAAUUUUCUCCUUUUCA